GCUUUCUGUGCCUGAAAGUGAAUUGCCAUGUGACACAUGGUUAGGAUUCCAUCAGUCUAUACAGAUUGGCAUUAUAUUUGCCCUCCUCCAGUCUUCUGGAAUCUUUCCCAUCUUCCAUGAGUUUUCAAACGUAGUUGCUGAUGGCUCCGAAAUCUCCUCAGUCAGCUCCUUGAGUAUUCUAGGAUGUAUUUCACCAGGCCCUAUCAUGAGUCCUCUCUGCAGAGAUCCAUCACAGAGCGGAUAGUCCAUCAUUGGGUGGGGGGGAAUGGCUUCCUGUGAAGACAGGCUCUCCACCAAAUGCCAAAACUUUUGUUCCAGUGGGGUCAUGAGCCUGGGGUCGUCAACACACACCUUCCUUUUGCUGUGGAAACCAGGCCUCCUUCAUGCCCUUCCACACAUUUGCCUGAUCUCUAGGGUGACAUCCAGAAUCAAAAGGGAUGAGGCCACAGUCAUUCUCAUACUCCUAUCAUAGUUGUGAGGUUAAUGGCAUCUCUGGCCCCCAAGACCUAAAAGUGCCCCUUUAGAUCUCAGGUCUCCAGCUGUCAUCUUUUUGUGGGCAGGGAUCCAAAUUCCUCAUCCUCCAGACUGAGGAUUUAGGCUUGCAGUCCCCCUAAAAUUUGCUGUAUCUCUCAGGUUGCUGAAGGGACAAUGACAGUAUCCACUAGUGACCAGCCAGCUUUCACAAAGCAUAGUAUACGUUUAUUUUAGGACAAAAGCAUUACAGAUAAAACAUCAUAAAAUUAUAUUGUUUUGAUAUUCCUGAUAAGCUUAGCUGGUGUCUCUUAUUUUCCAUUUAAAGACCUUGGCAAGAUCCAGUUCUUCAAACUCUCUUCUGGGCAGGGUUUUACCCUGUUAACUACAAUCACAUCAAUUUUUAAAUCAAAAUGAGGUUCAUAAGUCAGUUCAUGCCAACCCGUUGUACCAGACGCCAUUCUUUGUCUCCUUGGCCUCUUGAACAUGGUCUGAACCAGUAUAUGUAACUGACCCAAACUUCUCUGGAGUGUUUACCUGAUCAUGAAUUUGCAGUUAUUUACCUCCAUUGAUUUUUAGUUCCUGGCAAAAGUUUGGUAACUCUCCCCCUAGAGGAGACAGAACGCAGACCCAAGCUCACAAAGAUACAUAUAGCAUUAUAGACACAAGUUUGACUAAUCCUAGGGCCCUUAGCAUUUGGCACAUCUCACUAUAAUAGUCUUUUGAAGUUUCCACACUUCCAAGGUGUCUCAUCUGUCACAGUAUGCUACUGGGUAAAGCAGUUUUGGUUGAUAGUCUUGCCACAGAUAUCCAUUCAACUCCCAGGCAGCCCGGAUCUGAUUUCAGAGCACCACAGUCAGAUAGUCCAUUCACGUUUGAAGUCCCUGUAACAUCCAGGGUAUUGGCUGGUGAAAUACCAUGGACGGGGAUUGCUGUAGGCAAGUCCAAGAGAUCCUGAUAGAGAGGAUGACUAUAUCCACCAGAAGGACUUAUUUGUCUAAAUGGAAGAGGUCUCAAUAUGGGGGGCUCAUCGUAGUGUGGACCCUGUGCAGGCUUGGAUUCGGAAGAUCCUCGAGUAUUUGCUGCCUCUGAAGUACUCCAGCCUGUCUUCCAGUACCUUCGUGGUGUUCCUGGAUGGUAUCACUUUGGCCAGAAGAGAGAGUGAGUGCCAAGCACUUAUAGUGAAUGCCAAGCACUCAUGAUGUUUCAUAGGGACAAUGUGGUGCUAAAACCUCCCCCUAAGAUGGUCCUUCAGGUGGUCUCAGAAUUUUGUGUGAAUAGUUAACCUGCCUGUCUUCUUCCAAAAACCCACUCUUCAUCUGGAUAAAAGUUUUUAAUCCUGGGAGAACAUCUGGUGUGUCUUCUUACAACAGCGACAGUUCAGAUUCUCUCCCCCCCCCCCCCCUCCGCCCCCCACAGUUAUUUCUAGCUCCAAAGGCCAGGCCAUCACAUCACAAAGAAUAUCUAACUACCUAAUGCAAUGUAUCUCAUUGUUACCAGUUGGCUCUGUACCUCUCCCACCGAAUAUCAAGACUUACUCUACUAGAGCUCAUCCUCCACCUGCCUGAGAGAUCUCCAAUUUGCAUUGCAAGGCAGUGACAUGGAGCGCAACACUCACUUUUUGUCAGGCAUUAUGCAUUGGACUUAGUUGCCUGAACAGAUGCCAGUUUUUGGAGAGUAGCGCUAUGAUCCACGUUUGACUGAUGCAGCUGAUAUGCCUCAUCCCACCAUCCAGAAGUGGUAUUGCAUGCCAGUCACCUAUCAUGGGAGUGAUCCACACCGACACAUACAAAAAGAGGGUGGUUACUUAUUCUACAAUAACUGUGCUGCUUCAUGUUGUUGUAAUGUGUGAAUCCCAUAAUCCCACCUCUGUCCAUGCUUUAGGAGUCCUCAACUAACAUGAACUUUGAAUUGGGAGGGAACUGAGGGAAGGUUAUGAUCUCAUGCCCUUUAUGCUCUGGCAUGGGAGUGUGAGAAAGUUGAGUGCAUGACUCUCCUAUGCACAAGGCACAUGCACUCCUAUAGUGGGAUCUACAGCGUCUUCAACAUCUCAAAGAACCACGAUUACUACAAGGAUUCACAUGAUGCUUUACUGGAAUUUGGGAAUAAUAAUCUCCAAAUAUUGGUUGACAUUACUAGAGAAGGCGUGUGGAAAAAUCCAGUUCUUCUUAAAAUUCUAUCACAACAGCCAGUAGAAGCAGAAGAAGCCAAUAAAUUGGUUACACGAGAAGGGCCUUCCUUUCUGCAGAUGCGAGUAAAACACUUGAUGAAGUCAAACUGCAUUCCGCAAGCUACUUUCUUGUCAAAAUUCUGUGCAGAUUCUCCAGAAAUUUCAAAUGUAUCAUCAUCUUUUCGCCAAGCCUACAUCACAUGUUUGUGCUCUAUGCUGCCUAAUGAAGACUCUAUUAAAGAGAUUGCAAAAGUGGACUGCAAAGAAGUACUAGAGAUCAUAUGUAAUUUGGAAUCUGAGGGGCAAGAUAACACUGCGUUUAUUCUUUGUACAACAUACCUCACCCAGCAACUUCAAACUGCAACCGUGUAUUGCUCUUGGGAGCUGACUCUGUUCUGGAGCAAGUUGCAAAGAAGAAUUGAUCCUUCUUUAGAUUCUUUUUUGGAGAGAUGUCGGCAGUUUGGCAUCAUAGCUAAAACGCUACAACACUUAUUCUUCCUAAUUAGAGUGAUACAAUCUGAAGCAGAAGAAGCCGGUCUUGCUGUGUCUGUUUUGUUAUGUGUGAGAGCGCUUCAGAUCAGAUCAAAUGGAAAUGAUGAGAUGAAGACAUCUGUAUGUAAAACAAUUGCAUGCCUUUUACCAGUGGAUCUUGAAGUUAGAAGAGCAUGUCAGCUCACUGAGUUUUUGCUCGAGCCAAGUUUGGAUGGAUACAAUGUGCUGGAAGAACUGCAUUUGCAACCAGAUCAGAAAUUUGAUGAAGAAAAUGCACUGGUUCCAAACUCACUCCGUUGUGAGCUUCUGUUAGCUUUAAAAGCAUAUUGGCCAUUUGAUCCUGAAUUUUGGGACUGGAAGACUUUAAAACGGCAUUGUCUUAAACUCUUAGGGAAAGAAGCUUCUGAUUCUGAAGAUGAUGUGAGUUGUAAUGAUAUGUCAAUCAAUGAAACUGACUUGUUAGAAACUCUUUUGAGUGAUUAUGAUGAGACUAAAGAACAUAAAUACUAUGAAGGAGGAAAAGAGGCAGCAAAUCAACCUAAAGAAAAAACAAGAGUGAAAAAGCCAAUUGGAUCUUCUGAAAGAUAUCAGAGAUGGCUCCAAUACAAAUUCUUCUGUGUGUUAUGCAAAAGAGAAUGUAUAGAGGCUAGAAUACUACAUCAUUCUAAGAUGCACAUGGAAGAUGGUAUUUAUACAUGCCCAGUGUGUACAAAAAGGUUCAAGAGAAAGGAAUUUUUUGUACCACAUGUAAUGGAGCAUGUUAAAAUGCCACCUAGUAGACCAUACCGACCAAAAAAGAAAAUACUGUUGAAAAAAGAGAGAUCACCACAAAAGACCAGUACGUCCAGAAACUCUUCUGCAUCAUCAGAGGAAAAGCAGCAGCAACCACAACCAUCUGAAAAAAACAGAAGUGACACACAUGAAUAUGUCACAUUUAGCCAAUUAGAAAAUUACCAUCUGCAAGACAGAGACAUAUAUCCAUGUCCUGGCACAGACUGCUCUAGAGUAUUUAAGCAAUUUAAAUAUUUAAGUGUACAUCUAAAGGCUGAACAUCAAAACAAUGAUGAAAAUGCAAAACACUACUUGGAUAUGAAAAACAGAAGAGAGAAGUGUGCUUUUUGCCGACGUCACUUCAUGACAUCCUUUCAUCUGCAGGAGCAUGAACGAGUGCACUGUGGUCCUCAGCCUUACAUGUGUGUGUCUAUGGAUUGUUAUGCUAGAUUUGGGUCAGUUAAUGAAUUAUUAAAUCACAAACAAAUGCAUGAAGAUCUACGUUAUAAGUGCGAAUUAAAUGGCUGCAACAUAAUUUUCAGUGACUUGGGGCAGCUUUACCACCAUGAAGCUCAGCAUUUUAGGGAUGCAUCAUACACAUGUAACUUUCUUGGUUGCAAAAAGUUCUAUUAUUCAAAAACAGAAUUUCAGAAUCACCUUGCAAUGCAUAAUAUUGCAAUAGCAAAUGGAGAAGUGAAGGAGACAUCAGUUAAACUUGAAGAGCCUAUUUCAAAAGGCAGAUGCAGUUAUCUUCCUGAGUCUCAACUGGUUGAUCAAGUAGAUAAUUUCAGUCCAUAUGAAAAUCUUAAUUUAUCUGUGGGGUCAACAAGUUCUCAAGAAAUCCUACAGAUUAAGGAAGAAACUGUCUCUGACAAUGACGAAACUGAUAGUGAAAGCAACUGUAGUGUUUAUUUUGGGAGCCACAGAACCUCUACUGUAGUAACCAAAAAGCAGGUAUCCCCUUCGAUAGAAACAAUAACUCGGAAUCAAACAAUUCCUAGUAGUCGAAUAUCCCAACAGGGAGCCUUUCACCUUUCUGGUUUAAAAGAACAAUGCUCCCAUGUGGCAGUUUGUUUUGAUGGGGAAAAAAUUACCUGUGGUUUUGAAGGAUGUAGUUCAACAUACAAAAAUGCCAAAGGUAUGCAAAAACAUCUUCGAAGGGCUCAUCCAUACCAUUUCAAACCUAAAAAAAAGAUGGGGAUCAAAGCUAAAGAUAUUUUUAAUCUAAUCAAUGAUAGUCAAAACAGCAGAACUACUGGAGAUCUUAGUGCAGAUCUUAGGCAUAAUUCUGAUACGAAUACUGACUCUCCAGAAAGUCUGUAUUGUAAUACAAAUUCUAAAGGAAAAAGUUGUCUCAAGGAAGAAAUUUGUUCUUCCCCAGAAACUUCCUUUUAUGAAGAUUCUAAGGUGCCAAAUACUGAAGAUGCCAUGUUGGAACUUCUGUUGGGCUUGAAACAUUUAAGUUUAAAGUCUAACUUUACUGCAAAUUCUUCCACUUUAACACACAAGCCUUUUUUAGGGUCAUUACAGUCAUAUCCAUCAAAUGAUGCCAAGUGUCCUCAAUCAGUUGUCAAUGAAACUACCUCAGAACUUAAUUUUCAAGAGCAACAAGACAACUUACCUACACAGUAUCUCACUCAACUGGCAGCUAAACCAUUUUUCUGUGAACGGCACGGUUGUAAAUAUGAGUUUGUGACCAGAGAAGCUCUCUUAAUGCAUUAUGUUAAAAAACAUAAUUAUUCCAAGGAAAAAGUUCUUCAGUUAAAUAUGUUUCAACAUCGGUAUUCACCAUUUAAAUGCCAUAUUUGUCAAAGAUCAUUUACAAGAAAAACACACCUUAGAAUUCAUUAUAGAAACAAACAUCAAAUCGGCAAUGAGAAGAUAACUCACAAGCUGUUUGCUAAUGAAAAAUGUGAGCACAUAGGUGCAUGUGCAGAGGGCAAGCUAAAAAAUAAUGCAGCUUCAACACCUGGUUGCUGUACUAACGGAGAUGAAGAGUAUACUGAACAACCUGAGCAAUCUACUGAGCAGCUAUGCCACCCGAAGAAGGAGGAGUGUAGUUCUGAAACUGAUUUGGAGUCCAGUGAAGACACAGAUAGUAAUGUAACUGGAAGACCCUCUAAAAUAUCCUCUCUAAACAGCCACAGGGAAGAAUUGGAAUCAAGAGAGGGGAGAGGAAGUAAAAGAACAGUUGCCAAAGGAAAUUUAUGUUAUAUAUUGCAUAAGUACCACAAACCAUUCCACUGUAUUCAUAAAAGUUGCAAUUCUGCCUUUACCAAUCAGAAAGGCUUGAUUCGUCACUAUAGAACUGUACAUCAGUAUAACAAAGAGCAGCUUUGUUUAGAAAAAGACAAAGCAAGAACAAAAAGGGAACUUGUCAAAUGUAAAAAAAUAUUUGCAUGCACAUACAAAGAAUGUAGUAAACGCUUUUUAUGUUCUAAGGCUCUUGCUAAGCAUUGCAGUGACUUUCAUAACCUUGAUCAGUUAGAGGAUCAAAAAGUGCUUUGUGAAACUGAAUCUGCAAGAUUUCGAUGUAACCAGCCUCAAUGCCCUGCUGUAUUUCAUACUUUUAACAAGCUGAAACAUCACUUGAUAGAACAGCAUGCUAGUGAAGAAGAACUAAACAAAGACUUUGAAAUUCAUUGUGACCUUAAUGGCUGUGAUAGGAUUUUCACAAAUUACAGCCAUUACUCUCAACAUGUGUAUUUCUGCCAUAGUGAAUAUUAUGGUAGUCUCUUUGGAAGUCAUAAAGAGGAGCAGGAUAAUCUGCUUAAUGAUAAAAAUGAACAAGACUGUUUGAAAGAUCAAUAUGAUGUAAAUGAGAAUGAGAAGCAGAUAAAAGAAAAAUGUAAGAAAAUUGGUAAAAAUAAAGAAAAACAUUUGAUUCAUUUUAAAACAAAGGAGGAAGCCCUGAAAAUGUGCAGAGAGAAAUCUAACCAGACUCAGUACCCUUGCAUGGUUCAAGGGUGUCUGUCUGUAGUAAAAUUGGAAAGCAGUAUUUUGAGGCAUUAUAAACGCACACAUCAGAUGACCAAUAUUUAUAUAGAACAACAGACUGAGAAACUGGUAGUUUGUGUUAAAAGUGGUACAAUGGUUAAAAAGGAACCCUCUUCGGAAACAGAGCUAUUGUUAAAUAAAGAGGAAGCCAGAGAGUUUAAAAAGGAAAAUACAGUGCACACAGACAACCUGCAUGAAAAUGGAAAACAUUGUGUACCAAACACUGCUUAUGAUUAUCAAGGUACAGGCAAUGAAAAUCAAAAUAGGAGUGCAGCAAAUAGUGUGGUUUUUGACACGGGUGCUUUUUUGUAUUCAGGCACUUUAAAAUAUAACCAUAGUUCAAAAACCAGUUGUUUUGAAGAAUGUAGUAUAACAGAGCCUUUGUGUAAAACUGAAAGUUUGCCUGAAAGUAGAGAAAACAGUUCUUAUUUUAACAGUUUACCUUUGCAGUUACCAAGGGAGAAAGAGACAGAAGGCUGGCAACACAGCAAUCAGAAUGCUAAAAAAAAUUCACCCCACACCACAAGAAACAAGUUUCAGAAGCAUUCAGUGUCCAGACCAUUUGAUUUAAAGGCAUAUAAACCAAUGGGAUUUGAAUCUUCAUUUCUAAAAUUUAUUCAGGAAAGUGAGGGAAAAGAUGAUGAUGAUGAUGAUCAACUAGAUGAAUGGGAGUCCCCAGAACAAUUUCAAAUAGAUGGCGUCUUACAAAAAGAUAGAGACUUACAAAGGGGUGUGAUAGUAGACAGCUUUGUGUGUGAAAACACAGAAGUAAGCAUACCCCAAAAUCAUGGACCUACAGUGCAUGGGCAGCUAACAGAAAUACAGCCUUUAUUAUCAACGGAGUCGACAUCUGUCCCUUCUUUAGAAAACUUGAGGACCAUAUUGGAUAAGGCACUAACAGACUGUGGAGACCUUGCCUUAAAACAACUCCAUUAUUUACGACCAGUAGUUGUCCUUGAGAGAUCCAGAUUUUCCACACCCCUUAUAGACUUAUUUCCAACAAAAAAGUCAGAUGAACUUUGUGUAGGAAGUACAUAGGUAGUUUGUUUAGAAACUGGCUUCUCCACUACUGCUAUAUGGAGAGAAUUGCAAACUAUUACAGAAACUGGUACAGUACACACACUGUUUAGGUUAGAUUAAGCUGUUUUAAUUCCAUGAAUGUGUCUGUCAAAAAGUAUUAGCUAAGUUAAUUUAGCUCCCCAGUUUCAUUUUUUUUAAAUGAAAUGUGCUGUUUUUGGUGCUAAUUAACACCUCAGAAUACUGGGGGCUUCCUCUUGCAAAGUAAGUGUGCAUGAUUAUAUAUGAAACAAGUACUAGGGUACCAGGGUUUGGGGAAAGAUGGAGUUCUUACGUGACUUGAAUGUGCACCUAAGGGUGCGUUGUGUAACAUAUUGUACACUACAGCAUCUUAUAUUUUUUGAGUUAUGAGUUUCAAUAAACUACAAUUUUUCACCCGUA